CAUAAAAUUUCUCAUUCAUUCAAUUUCAGUACGCAAAAAUGGCAUCAAUUAUGAGUAAUACAUUUAUGUUUUAUGCAGCAAUAAUGCUAACCUUAAUUCCAUCAGGGUAUGGGAAUGCUGACAGAGAUGCAUUGAUAGCUCUGAAGAGUAGCCUUACAGAUCCUAAUAGCGUUCUAGCAAGCUGGGAUCCGUCUCUAGCCGAUCCCUGUACUUGGUUUCAUGUCACGUGCAAUCCCGCGAAUCAAGUUACUCGAGUUGACUUGGGAAAAAACAAUCUGAGCGGUCGUCUAGUACCCAAUCUUAAUACUCUACCAAGCUUAGAAUAUAUGAACAUGUAUGAGAACAGAAUUGACGGAACUAUUCCUGCUGAGUUUGGUGAUUUGAAGAGCCUAAAAAGCAUGGAUUUUGCCAAGAACAGCAUUUCUGGGACCAUUCCUCCUACCUUGGGAAAACUGAAAUCGCUCUUAUAUUUACGACUCAAUAACAACCGAUUGACUGGACCAAUUCCUUCUGAAAUUGCUACUAUGUCAAGUCUCAUAGUGCUGGAUUUGUCAAACAAUGAUCUUUGUGGAGCUAUACCCCGAGGACUUGAACACAUUUCUACUAGAAAAUUUGAGAAUAAUCCUCGGCUCGGACAUCCAUGUUAAGCUUGGCUAUGAAGUUUGAAGAAAUAUAUAAAAAUCAUGACCUUCUAUUUGUUCGUUAAUUUUGGCUAUGAAGAUUGAAGAAAAAUAUAGAUAAUAUGACCUUCUAUUUGUUUGUUAGAACAAGUUUAAGAUAAAUUUUUUCAUUUUAUAAAAUCAAUGUAAAUUUUGUAUGUAAUUUUAAUGUUAUAUGUCGUCAAUUUUUAUGUU